UCGUGUAUUUAAAUGGUGUCGCGCAGCUUCCUGCGCUCAGACCGCGAGGAGCAGCAGAGGAGGAAGAGGAGGAGGAGGAGGAGGAAUGGACGAAGAUCCCGGUGCAUUUGAUCCAAACAUCCCUGAAGAGGGACCUUCAGCGCCCCCUCCUGGUUGGCUGGAUGACAUACAUGGAUACCAGGGCCAUAAAGGAGGCCCGGAUGACCCGUUGUACCCCCCUCCCCCGGCCUACAGCCCCCAGCCUGAACUCAACAGGAACACCCUGGUGCCCAACGUCAGGGUCCCAACGAUAUCGGAGGAUGAGGCCCGACACGCCCUGCUCAAGUUUGUGGAAUCAAAGUGGACGUACAGUUCCAAACCCGCCAGGAACCUGACGUUCAGAGAGCUGCAGCCCAUCACCGUCUACCGGUAUCGACUGGAGACCUACACUGAGACCAGAACCAGCGCCUGGCAGUUCGAACCUUACAACGGACAAAUGGUGGAUGGUCCUCAGUACGGCAUGUGUCCUCAACCGUGGGACGUCCCAGUGACUCUACCUCAGAGAUACACCGACAUGGUGGAGAAGGUCCGCGUGCCGCACACCUCCUUCAUAAAGCUGUGUCACAAAUGUAAAGGCUGCGGAAGAACUCGCUGCAACAACUGCUUUGGUCGAGGCAUGAAGCGUUGCACUUUCUGCCACGGAAACGGUCGAUCCAGGAACAAGCGCUGCACUUCCUGUCACGGCCGAGGUCGCAAGAGGUGUAUCUCCUGUCACGGCAACGGCCACAGGACCUGCUCUAUUUGUCACGGGAGCCAGAACCUGCUGCAUUUCAUCCUGCUCACGGUCACAUGGAAAAACAACGUAGACAACUUCAUUCCCGAUCGCCAGCCGGACUUUCCUGACAAGAAGUUUGAGAAAGUGACAGGAGAUCCUUUCUUCAUCGACGAGAACGUUCUGGUUUAUCCCAUCCAGGGUUUCCCCGAUCAGGAGAUCUGUGAUGCUUCUUUAAAACUGAUCAACGAACACCUGAAUCGUUUCAGCUCCACCAGCCGCAUCCUGCAGCAGCGUCAGACCAUCGAGCUGGUGCCGCUGACUCACGCUCUUUACUCGUACAAAGGAAAAGACCGCAGCUUCUUCGUCUACGGCACGGAGAACAAAGUGUUUACCUCCAAAUAUCCCUCCGCGUGUUCUAUUUCAUAGGUGACUGAUAACACCUUCAUUUUAAACACGGUUUGAAUGUGUUACUUUGAUAUGUAGAUUUAUAGACUUAUACAUUAUAGAACAUGUCCAGUUAGUUUCCAGCAUAGACAGUUACUUUACUGACUUCUAGUUCUUUUAUAAAAUACAGUAUACAUUCAUGUCGUGUUACUAAGUGAUGGCAUAAUGUCCUGUUAUAGAUUUGAACCAUUUCACACGACCUCAGUUCCAGGUUAAAAUGAGUUCAUUCAUUUUACACUUUGAUUAUUAAUUCUGUUGGAUUCCAUCGAAGAUUUGAACCUUGGUUUCCGUCGGGUUCUGUAUAAUCCAGUGAAAUCCAGGAAAUCCAACGUGCCUGUACUAACGUCUGCUACCUCUCCACUGUCAGUCGACUGAACAUGUGUUCAAUGAAACUCAUCAACAGAUCAACUUAGUACCAGAAUGUCACUCGUAUCCCUCCGCCCAGGCCGAGCAGCACGUCACGUGACUGUCUAGUUCUUGUAGUGUUUUCACAAACAAACAAACAAACAAACAAACAAACACCUCCCUCCGGAGGUGAUUGUGCUUCGAGAUAUUAUCUGAUCAUCUUGAGUUGAUUUACGUCCUAGAGGCAAAUCUCAGAAACCUUAAACUGUAAAUGACUCGAGUGUUUGUUGUGUGUAUUUUAACUUUCUGUGGGCUGAACCACUACUUCAUGUUAACCAUUGAUUCGUGCUCCAGGACGUCUGUUGUUCUUUUACAUCGUCUGUCUCGUGUUCCUGAACCUGGUUGGUUUUUAAACACAAGAUCAUCAUCAACAGUUUGAUCAGAACACGUUUUUUCUAUUCUCCUUCUCUGAACAUCCAAUACCUAUUCUAGUAAUUGAUUCAUUAAUAAUGAAUUCUGCUUUUCUUCAUCUCCGUAACCUGAGCGUCUUUAGGUUUAUGAAUAAACAAGCUGCAGGAAGAUGCGAGUAAAUAAUGAAUUUUCCAAUCAAUAGAAUCAGACUUUAAUUGUGUCGCUCUUUUCAUACAGACAAUGUAAAACAGUUGUGUCUGUAAAACAAAUGACAACAAGAGAAACAACAUCUGUGACCUCAUCCUGUCCACAGAGCAAAUGUCUAUUUACUGUCAGAGAAAAAGAAACUGACAGGAAUAAAACAACAAAAUGAUAAAAAGAGUUAAACUUUAGGGCAUUAAAGAACAAACGACUCAUCAAGGAGAAGAUUAAUUCAGAUUUAAAUCAUCUGUUAGUUUUCAUCCAAAAUAAAAAUGAAAAAGAUUUUGAAUAUUGUAAAAACCAAAGACGAGAUUUGGUUCCAGAAGAGUUGAAAUAAAAACUGAGGAGAUGUUUAUGAUUUAUUCAUCCAGAAUCACAGCGACUGAAAUGAGCCAGUUUGAUGUGGAAUCACAGAAAAGUGCUGAACAUGAAAUAAAUAAGCUGUUUUGCAGGUUAAAUGUUGGUUUUAGUUUCUACUCUGGUGCUUUACCGACUAAAUAAACCUUAAACGUAUUGAUAUCGUUCAUCUCGUCCUGAUCCUAGUUCCGAUACGUGGACCUUGUGCAGCGGGUAGAUAUCGAGUACUGAUCUGAUUCCAUGCGUUACAAAUAACAGACAUAAUGUUUUUUACGAGCUUGAAGCUACUAACCCUGAAACUCUUUUUUUCUAAAAGUUUCCUAAAAUACAACAAAGCCCAUGUUUCUGUCUUUACCGACAGUUUGUUCAGCCUCUGACACUGCGACGACCCUUUAUGGUUUAUACAUAUAUAUUAUAAACACAUUUCUGUUGGUUUUGUUAUUUCUUAUAUGUUUUAUUCUUUUCAGCUCAGGAUGCUUUUAUACAAUAAAUUCUCUGUGUCCAUGAACAAUCACUUACGUCAGUUUCAGACGCAUCUUUCACAGAAAACAGUUUUUUAUAUAAUUUUUACCAGUUUAAAAAUAUGUAAAACAGUUUUUUAAGGACGAAUGAGGCUGAACAUGUUUGAGAGAGGAUGUGAUGGAAGAACUCACUGAGCCUCUCGUCCAGACGUGUUCUCCUGCUUCUUUUUCUACUUUUAAUAGGAAAGAACUGAAGAUCGCCUUAUACACCUCAACAUACUCUGUGUGACAUGUAAUUGUCUAAAUAAACUUUUACAGCUAAACUUA